ACGAUUGGAUCGCAAUCAUAUAACGCAGAUCCCUGAUUUACUAUUUGCCAACAUGCCUGAGCUGCAAAGAUUACAACUGGACCACAACGAGCUAAGCUGUUUAGGCCCCUGACACCAUCUCAUCGCUAGCCAACAUGCUCUACUUAACAUUAAACAACAACAACCUCACGACUUUACCACAUAACAUGUUCGACAGGAUGACGAAACUGAAAGUGUUACGACUUCGCGAGAACAAGUUCUCGUGCGACUGUCACCUUACAUGGUUGUACAGAUGGCUGAAGCCGAAAAACAAGCGUCUGGCGCGUCACAUGACUUGUCACGGUCCACUGAACCUCAAGGGCAAGAACUUCAACAGACUUCUGGAGACGGAACUCAAGUGCAAUGAUGUUGACGGCACAUCCGCACCAUCGUUGUGUGUGCAGCAGACGGUUUGUCCGAGUAAAUGCGAGUGCACCGGAUCGUUCGUUGACUGUCGGGACCGAGAACUCACGGAAAUUCCCGAAAACCUUCCGACGGACGCCACCGAACUCCGCAUCGAGCAAAACAAGAUCAGCAGAAUCCGCUCGGGUGUGUUCCAGCACAUGCACCGGCUUCGCAGAAUCGACCUCAGUAACAACCAAAUCGACGCCAUAGACGCCGGUGCGUUCGAUGGUCUGGCGACAUUGAAUACCCUAAUCAUGUACGGCAACAAGAUAACGGAGUUACCGCUGGGAAUUUUCGACGGCCUGACGUCAUUACAGCUUCUACUUCUGAACAAUAACAAGAUUUCUUGUGUUCCACUGGAAACCUUCAAAGAUCUACGCAACCUGAACUUGCUGUCUUUGUUUGACAAUAAAAUCGAGUCCCUUGCGAAUGGAACUUUCGCGCCUUUGCAGAAUUUGCAGACGAUGCACCUGGGUCGGAACCCGUUUAUAUGCGACUGUAAUCUUGCCUGGCUUGCCGACUUUCUGUUGGUGAACCCCAUAGAGACCAGCGGCGCACGCUGCGAGAGGCCUCGCCGAAUGGAACGCAAGAAGUUGAGCGGCGCCGAGUCCAGCAAAUUUAAAUGCACAGAGGAGUACCGCACGCGUCACGCCGGCCGGUGCGCGGUGGACAACAGCUGUCCUCUCAAGUGCGACUGCACCGGCACCACCGUCGACUGCUCCUCCCGGCGACUGACGUCGGUGCCGACGAAUCUGCCGUCGUACAUCACCCUACUAAACCUGAAAGACAACCAAAUUACCAAACUUUCUAGUGGUGCGUUCGAUGGCCUGCCAGAUCUUAAACAACUGGACCUGAGUGACAACCUGAUAGAGAUCAUUGAAGACAACACGUUCAGCAGUCUGGAGAAUCUCAUGGAACUGAACUUGGCUAACAAUCGUUUAGAGAAGGUUUCCGGACCGAUUUUGGCUGGACUGAGAUCUGUACAACACAUAUCACUGACGAGUAACCGUCUCACGUGCAUCAGCAAUACCACGUUCAGGGACGCUCCGAAUGUGAAGAAAAUCGAUUUAUUUAACAACCAGAUCAGCUGCAUACAGGAGGGUGCGUUUGACUCGGUGACUGGACUUACUUCAUUGAACUUGAUGUCCAACCCGCUCACGUGCAACUGCCACCUGAAGUGGUUUUCCUCGUGGCUGCUAACACGUGACGUCCUCGUGGGAAGCCUUACAUGCUACUCCCCACCGGAAGUGCGCAACAAACCGUUCCGCGAGGUUGACCGGAACAAGAUGAUUUGCGAAGAACGGAACGAUAUCGGCUGCAAUGUAGGACUCCCACCCUGUUGCUCCGAUCAGCCCAUCGAUCAUUUGAGCAGUAACUGCGAUCCUCGGGUCCAGUGCCCGGAGAAAUGCACGUGCCAGGGAACAGAAGUGCGCUGCAGUCGACAGAACUUGCGUAGUAUACCCACCGGCAUCCCGCUCGACACGACGGAACUGUACCUAGACGCCAACGCUAUAACGGACCUCGAGAGUGACGCAGGCGACGUGGUCAGCGAGAUAGGACGGCUCAGUAAACUGACCAAGCUGGACCUGAGCAACAAUCAGAUCCUCUCUCUGCCUCCGCACAUCUUCAGCAACCUCUCUCAGUUGUCCACACUCAUAUUGAGCUUCAACAAGCUGCAAUGCGUAUCCGCAAGGUCCUUCAACAAACUGACGGAGCUUCGAAUUUUAUCUCUCCACGGGAACAACUUGUCAUCGAUUCCUUUUGGUGCAUUCAACGACCUGAAAUCUCUCAGUCAUCUGGCGCUGGGCGGUAACCCGCUGUAUUGCGACUGCGAGCUCAAGUGGCUUGCUGAUUGGAUGAAGUCAAAGUUCGUGGAGUCCGGCAUCGCCGCCUGUGUGGGGCCUCCCUCCAUGUUCCAGAAACUAUUGCUGACCACGCCCUCCCAUCACUUCGAGUGCAAAGGUGACCCUGAUCCCGAGGUGCAGUCUAAAUGCAAUCAGUGCUACAAGAACCCGUGCCGGCACAACGGCACCUGCACGCCCUUGGGCUUCAAGGACCUCCGCUGCGACUGCGCCCCCGGGUACCAUGGCAAGCGUUGCGAGGAGGAGAUAAAUGCGUGUUUCGGCAACCCAUGUCAGAACGGCGGCGUCUGCAAGAUCAAAGACAUGAGACUUCUGUUCGGGAGCUUCAUGUGUCUUUGCCUGCCCGGUUUCGAGGGCGAGCGUUGCGAGAUCAACCUUGACGACUGCAAGGGACACACGUGCAAGAACGGCGCCUCGUGCGUGGACGGGGUUGAGUCGUACACUUGCAUGUGUCCUUCCGGUUGGACAGGUGCUAAGUGCGAUCAGAAAAUUUCAUUUUGCACUGAAGAAUACAAUUACUGUGCAAACGGAAAAUGUGUCGACCUAGGAACCGACUACAGAUGCGACUGCCAGGAUGGCUUCUCGGACAAGAACUGUUCAACGAAUAUCAACGAAUGCGCGGACCACAUCUGCCAGCAUGGGAGCACGUGCGUUGACGGCAUCAACGCGUACACGUGCACCUGCCGGCGCGGCUACACUGGAAAAUACUGCGAGAUCGCGCCGGUUGAUAUCGACCUGUCCAACCCGAUGGCGGGCCUGUGUCAGAAACACGAGUGCCAGAACAAUGGUGCCUGCUACCAGGAAAGCUCCUCCUCAGAUUAUUUCUGCAAAUGCGUCGCCGGCUUCGUCGGAAAGAAAUGCGAGAAGCUCGCGAGUCUCUCGUUCAUGGCGAUCGAUUCCUACAUCCAGCUGCCCAAAUUCAACUUCCAAACCUUUUCAAACAUCACCAUCACCUUGAAGACUAACUCUAGCCAAGGCCUGAUCAUGUACACGGGCAUCGAGGAACACUUGGCUAUCGAGUUGUACAAGGGCCGCGUCGCUGUCAGUUUCUUUGUCGGUAAGGAGCACGUGCCGUCGCAGUUCAGUUAUAUCUUCAGCUUCAGCAAGAUCGACGACGACAAGUUCCACACCAUCGAGCUGCUCGUGAGUCAGCGGAACUUCACGAUGCGCGUCGACGACGGCGUUGCUAGGACGGUGAUUAACGAGGGCAACCAUCAGUACCUCGAGGUUGACGACGACAUGUUCCUGGGUGGGAUUCCGAAACACAUCAGCGAACGGGCGCAGCGGAGGUUUCACAUAAGGGACGGCUCUAGCUUUAAAGGAUGCUUCGCCCAAGUACUCAUUAACGGCAAGCCCCUUGACUUCAUGGUGUCCAAGAAAAACCACAAGAUGACACCCGGUUGUAGCAUGCCCGACCCUUGCGAAAAUAAUAAGUGUAAAAAUAAAUCAAAAUGUCGCCCUAAAAACAACUGGGAGUCGUAUGAGUGCCGAUGCACACGAGGCUAUAGUGGCGAGUUCUGCGAAAUAGGUGAAUAUUCGUCAGAUGGUAGCUAUACCCCAAGUUGCAAGAGCUCGGUAUUCAACGACAUUUACGUGGAUCCCAAGACCAAUUGUCGGUCACGACGGCAAAUCAAAUACCGGCGGUGUGAGGGAGGCUGCGGAACGAACUGUUGUCAUCCGACGAAAAUCAAAAAUAAGAAAGUGAAACUGUACUGCGCGGACAAAUCCUCAUACGUCUACGACUUGCCCGUGAUUCGACAGUGCGGAUGCAAAAAGUGUUGAGACUAAUCACAGUCUGUGUUAUUUACAGAACUCAUUCAUGCAUUCAUUUAUGUUAGAACGUGAACAUAUUGGCUGCUAUUGUGAAAGUGUGAAAAUUCGGGUAAUGUUUUACAUGUAUAUUUAAUUACAGACGUGAUUGAACAUGAUCUAGACGUAAUGUGCACGUGGAAAUAUGAACUCGUUAAAAUGGCAAUGAUGCGAUUACUAAAAUUUAACGUGUUGCGUUAACUUUGCGAAAAGCAAACACUAGAGAAAUCGAGCGGAACAUGUGUGUGACGUGUAAGACUGACGUCGUUUCAAGCCAUGCUGACGUUACUUAAGACGACGCGUAUAUGAAUAUUUUUCUGUCUGAAAUGUUGAACAAUAUAGACGGUGAAAUAUGCACGCAAUGUGUGGUGUUUAAACACUCGAGAACAAUAUUUUAUGAUUAAUUGUUUCGUUAUGCAAAUUUAUAUAUUUGGAAAACUAAUAUAAAUGUCUGUGGUGUCGAUACGCAUGCAUAUACAUGUAGAUAUUCGUACUUGAAAUAUGCAUUUACUUUAUGAUCAUCAACCAUGGUUGUAUAAUGUCCAUAUAUUGUAUAGAUUUUUAUGUCAUUAUAUAUUUAUUUUGGAAUAUAUUUUCUACAGGUGUUAAGUUACUCACCUCACAUUUCGAAUUGCCAUUGAUUCUACUUUUAGCUAAUACGUUCCUUAUGUAAUGUUUUCAUAUUUAGGCAGUGCAUAAAAAGAACGAUAAUGAAUUGCUAACGGUUUUGAAAUAGAUUUCCGAGUGAAUUUCUCUUAUUUGGAAGUAAUAACCUGUAAGUACGCCUUCUAAACGUAUCUUUUUACAAUGAUAAUACAUGCACACAAUUAAAGGGUUUUACUCCAUACCAUACGUUCUUUACGAUCGACCGAAAGUCCUUUAUGACUUCGUAUUCAUAAUUGUUAAAUUCAAAACAAAUUAACUUAUUUGUUGACAUAAAAGAUGUAAAAAAAUAUUUGUAUUUUUUGUAAAUCUGUAUUUUAACUUCUUCAGAUAUAUUUUGACGUUUAAACUGUAAGGUGUGUUAUUAUUCGUUUCGUAAAUAUCGGUUAUUCAAUGCUUUAAUCGCUGACUUGUGGCGAGGGUAUUUGUUUAAUUGCCAAAUUCUUAUUAAAUCUCUUUGUUACCAUUGUGUGCUUGUUUUACGGGAGCCAAAAAACGCUGAACCUUAACCAAUGAAUUGCUACAUGCCAAGUUUAUGCAUAUAUUUGUUUAGUAUGUCAUACAUUAUUGCAACGAGCGUUUCAUCGGCUAGAUUAUUAAAACUUUCGUUACUUGUUCAAUCGCGUGUUACUUGGACAGUUAUAUGUCCCAUUUGUUUGUCAAUGUUUGAAAACAAAAACAACGAACGGCCAUUUUAAAAAUGCCAAGAGUGUUUUUUGUCAACAAAUAAAACCCGUUCAUGUGAACAUGUCAAUUUAAAUAUCAGAAUAUCAAUUCGUUUUGUCCGUCAUUUGUUUGGAACAAUAAAUCUAAGAUUUGAUUUUGCUUAGGUGUUAUAUUCGUGACAAUGUCAAGUGUAAAACACGUCAAUGUAUUUUUUAAUAAAAAUAAUUUGUAGUAUUUUCAGAUUGGCUUACUGUAAAUUGCAUUCGUUUGCCAAGUUUGUCGGCCAGUAAAUAAGUUCUUUCUGUCAAGAAAAUAUUAUUAAAUUGUCAAUUUGUCACCAUUUUUCACAGUCUUUGAAAUGCUCGUUGCCAUUGUACAUUUAAUGUUAGCGUUUUCCAUGUCUAAUAAAUUUAUAACAAAUGUUA